UGUCGUGCAGAGUUUCGGUCUAAACUCGCGGAAUAACUAAUUUAUGACUUACUUUUAAAGUGUACUUGCGGUGAAAUUAUAGUGUUGUGCAUGAUGUGUGUUUGUGUACAGUAACAAAAUAUUGUUCGGAUAAAACUUAAAAACUAACAAGAUAUUUGUGGAUGACUAGACCACCUGAUCCUCAUAUUUUAAUUCCCCAGAUAUAAAGCAGUUUCAUAUCCUGAACAUCAAAUUUAAGAUGGAGACGAGUACGAAGUAAAGAAGGAAAAUUAAACUGAAGCAUCAAAUAAAGAUGGAUAAUCCGAGCUUACGGCGAACGAGGCGGCGCUGCUGUAGGUGAACAGAAAACAGCAUGGCGCGGUGGGCGCACGCGGUGCUGAUCGCGCUGGCGCUGUCAGCCGCGCGCGCCUACCUCAUCAUCAUCCCCGACACCGCUCCGCCGGGCCAUGUCGUCCUCGACGCAGCUGUGUACAAGCUUGGCUCCGAACGCGCAUACAACAUUGACGUGCAUCGCACCGCUAACUUUGUACACCACAUCCUACGAGUCAAUAGAACUAGCGGUCUCGUGACGUUGCGUAAAAGGCUAAGAUGUGAUGGCGUCCUUUACCCCAACCUUUUCACAUUUUAUGUGGAUUCUACCUCCGAACGCAUUCGAGACAUCGACUAUUACAGCUUACCGAUUAGAAUAUUGGUGGCCGGGGAGGAUUGCAGCAGGCGGCACGCUGAUUUGUACGAUAUCGAUUUCGAUCGCGUAUAUGAUCAAAAUGACGCUGCCAUUCAGUAUGAAGAUGACCAUAUCAGAGAUAAGAGAGAAGUCAUCUACCAAGAGAGUAUAGACUGGAGGUUGUUAGAGGAAAGCGAGUUAGGGGCUAGUCAAUAUAGUGUAUUGUCAACAGCGUAUCCGUGGUCGAACGCGAUGUUCGAGGACUUUGCGGUUACGAAUAAAAGUAGAAAAAAGCGAUCUCCUUUAGUACCUUUCGAUAUGGCCAUAGAUGUAAAAAUAGCUGAAGCAAAACAUUGGAUUUCCGAAACGUAUGCCAGUUUUGCAAUACCAACGACGGACCGAUGGCAGGGGAUUUGUUUAAAAAAGUCGCAAUUCGUAAAUUCGUUGACGGCAUUUCUGCCGAGAACAGUACAAAAAAUGUGUAGAGUGCAAUUUUUGGAUGUAAGUGAUCCACGUUUUAUAAUAGAAAACAGCCAAGGAGACUUGGUGGCCAGCAGUGACGUGUGUAUUCAAGAACCAAUGUGGAAGGUUUCCGUGCUCUUCACAUUUGAUUGUGAACGAACUAACAUUGUCGAUUCAGAUCACAGAUUGAAAAUAGUGUAUCACCAUCAAGAACUUAACGAUACGGAUAUAGCGAGAAGGGUUAAAAGGGAACUGCGUAAUCAGUCACCAUACUUUGAGCAAGCAUUGUACGUGGCAUCUGUUGCUGAGGAGCAGCCACCAGGAGUUAUAGUCACGACAGUCAGAGCACGUGAUCCAGAAAACAGUCCCGUCACGUAUUCCAUGUCAAGCCUCCUGGACUCACGAUCAGCUGGUAUGUUCGCCGUGGACACGAGGACGGGCGUAGUCACCACACAAGCCCGAUUGGAUAGAGAGAGACUCGAUGUCCAUUACUUCAGAGUCGUAGCUCAGGAUGACACGUUCCCACCGAGAAGUGGUACCACAACACUUCAGAUAAACGUGUUGGACUGCAACGACCAUUCGCCGAUAUUUGAAAUGCAACAAUAUGAAGCGUCAGUAAGAGAAGGCGCAAGCCCUGGAACCACUGUCUUAACCCUUAAAGCGACUGAUCAGGACAUUGGAAAGAACGCUGAGGUGGAAUAUUCAAUCGAUUCAGUUAAAGCGGAAAGCUUGAAGCAAGAAGAUUUAAACGAGUCUAUAGAUAGCACAGAACAUGUGGACGCACACGAUGUUUUUAGAGUUGACGGCAGAAGUGGUGCGCUGCUGACUCGAUCCACCCUGGACAGGGAGAAGGUGUCCCGAUAUACUGUGAUCGUGAAGGCUACAGAUCAAGCCAGCCCACUCUCAGAUAGAUUAUCCAGCAGUGCUACAAUCCAUGUCAACAUUCUGGAUGAUAACGACAACUAUCCUCAAUUCAGUGAGAAGACGUAUACCGUGAAUGUCGAUGAAGAUAUUAGUGUCGCUGACAAUCCUGUAAUUGCCAGAAUAAAAGCUACAGAUUCAGAUGUGGGUUCAAACGCGGCCAUCCGAUAUGCGAUCAUCGGUGGCAAUACACAAAUGCAGUUCUCGAUUGACAGCCUCAGUGGGGACGUGUCAUUGGUUAAAUCUCUCGACUAUGAACAAGUACGCAGCUACCGAUUGGUCAUCAGAGCCCAAGAUGGUGGUAGUCCGUCCCGGUCGAACACAACACAAUUACUUGUGAACGUCAAAGACAUAAAUGAUAAUUCACCACGUUUCUACACCUCACUGUUCCAAGAAUCUGUGAGCGAGAAUGUACCAGUUGGAUACAGUAUUGUCAGGGUACAAGCAUAUGACGCAGACGAAGGUGUAAAUGCUGAACUAACAUACACCCUGGCAGACAAAGAGUACAACGGCAACAAUGAUUUGCCAAUCACGAUUGAUCCUCGAUCCGGUUGGGUGUAUACUUCGACGCAGUUGGACAGGGAAAUUCAAUCAAAAUAUCAACUUCAGGUUACAGCCACGGAUAGCGGUUCACCACCUCGGUCAGCGACGGCCUCAGUAGUGGUGGUGAUACAAGAUGUGAACGACAAUGAUCCGGUUUUCUCUCCACCACAAUAUGAAGUAGAGUUAGCGGAGGACGAACCCCCAGGAACUCCUGUAGUCACUGUCACUGCAACAGAUGCUGAUGAGGAUAACAGAUUACACUACGAAAUCACUGGUGGUAAUACUCGAGGCCGUUUUUCUAUCACGUCACAAAACGGUCGCGGACUCAUAACCGUCGCUCAACCUUUAGACUUUAAGCAAGAACGACGAUAUGUGCUCACAGUGACCGCCACGGAUUCCGGAGGCAGAUCUGACACGGCCAUGGUCCAUAUUAAUAUUACAGACGCGAAUAACUACGCUCCUGUUUUUGAAAAUGCGCCCUAUACAGCUUCAGUCUUCGAAGACGCGCCAGUAGGAACGACAGUGCUAGUCGUUUCUGCCACUGACAGUGACGUUGGAGUGAAUGCACAGAUAACAUACACCCUCAGUUCGGAAAUAUCAAACGAAGCUGUUGCUCAUCAUGACCAGGAAUUUCACAUUAAUCCGCAAACAGGCGCCAUUACCACGAAUAAACUACUUGAUCGAGAGACUAUGAGUGGCUAUCUACUGACUGUGACGGCUCGCGAUGGAGGAGUUCCGUCACUCUCGGAUACGACAGACGUGGAGAUCUCUGUCGUUGACGUCAACGACAACGAACCGGUGUUCAAACAGCAGCUCUACACUGCAAGUAUUAUGGAAGAUGCUUUAGUUGGUACAUCCGUAACUCAAGUCAGCGCAACGGACGCCGACGUAGGGCUAAAUGGCAGAGUACAUUACGAACUGGAGUCUAAGGAUAGAGAGGAAGGAUCGUUUGUAAUUGACCCAGCGUCUGGAGUUUUAAGAACGAAUAAGGCUUUAGACAGGGAAUCGGUAGCAAUAUAUGAUCUAAAGGCUUUAGCGAUAGACGGCGGAACUCCACCACAAAGUUCUACUGUAAUAAUCCAUAUAAAAGUUGAAGACAUCAACGAUUCGCCGCCGGUUUUCGAGAGUGACUGCCUAACAUUCUACGUGCCUGAGAAUAGCCCCAUCGGUACUACCAUUGGGGAAAUACACGCUCACGAUCCAGACGAGGGUUCCAAUGCAGUUGUACACUAUUCCAUAAAAGGUGGAGAUGAUUCGAAUAGUUUUUCAUUAGAAACUCGUCAAGGUUCUGACAAAGCGGAAUUGGUUACAAUGGUAGAUUUAGACUACGAAAGCCCUCGAAAGAAGUACGAGCUAGUAAUCAGAGCUGCGAGUCCACCGCUCUGGAAUGACGUCAGAGUGGAAAUCCUAGUAACUGAUAUAAAUGACAAUGCUCCUAUGAUGAAGGAUUUUCAGAUUAUUUUCAAUAAUUAUAAAGACUGUUUUCCCGUCGGCCCAUUUGGUAGAGUUCCAGCGUAUGAUGCGGAUGUGACUGACAAGCUCCAAUAUCGUAUUUUAUCAGGCAACAAUGCGAAUUUGGUACUUCUCAACGAGACAACAGGGUCUAUGACUUUAUCACCCCAACUAAAUACAAACGUUCCAAAACUAGCCACGAUGGAAAUAUCUGUAACAGAUGGGGUGAAUGAAGUAAAAGCGGUUAUGCAGCUCCUAGUGAGGCUGAUAACAGAAGAAAUGCUUUUCAAUUCAAUUACAGUGCGAUUGAACGACAUGACCGCGGAACAGUUUUUAUCGCCUUUACUCGGCUUCUUUAUAGAUGGUCUGUCAGCUAUCAUACCGUGUCCGAAAGAAAACAUUUAUAUAUUCAGUGUUCAGGAUGACACCGACGUAACUGGCAACAUUUUGAACGUAUCGUUCUCAGCGCGUCGGCCCGACGCAGAAGUGGGCAUUGGAGGAGAUUCGUCCCAGUAUUACUCGCCUACGCACUUACGCGAGCGAGUGUACUUGCAUCGCGCGACACUGGCGCGUCUUGCCACUGUACAGGUUCUCCCCUUCGACGACAACAUCUGUGUACACGAACCAUGCCUCAACUACGAGGAGUGCCUCACAGUGUUAAAGUUCGGCAACGCAUCCGGUUUUAUUAACAGCGAUUCAGUGCUGUUCCGUCCCAUCUACCCCGUCACUACGUUUACUUGCCAGUGUCCGCAGGGAUUUACGGGGUCCCGCGAGCACUACAUGUGCGACACGGAGGUGGACCUGUGCUACUCGUCGCCGUGCCGGAACAACGGCUCGUGCGUGCGGCGCGAGGGCGGCUACAGCUGCGUCUGCGCCGCCGGCUACACCGGUGUAAACUGCGAGACCGUUCUAACGAAGGCGACGUGUGACAUGAACGGCGAUGGCAGCAUAUGUCGCAGCGGGUCGCAGUGCGUCGCGAGACGAGAGGGGGGCAUCCUCUGCCAGGGUUGUUCUAUUGAUACUGCGUACACCACCGCCAUGUGCGAACUUAAGGCCCGAAGUUUCCCAGCUACCUCGUUUUUGACAUUCCCAGGGAUUAAGAAACGACAUCGGUUCAAUUUGAAAUUAAAAUUCGCAACUCAAACAACAUCCGGCUUGCUCCUUUACAACGGUAGAUACAACGAGCGCCACGACUUCGUGGCGCUUGAAGUCAUCAGUUCCAACGCCGGUCGGAGUGGAGGGCCGGGAUUGAGGUUUACUUUCGCGCUGGGAGGGGCGAAGACAGAAGUGACGGUGGAGGGUGACGUCGCUGACGGCAUGUGGCAUACGGUUGAAAUUGAAUACUUUAAUCGGACUGCAACAAUAAUCUUAGACGAUUGUGAUAAAACGCUGUCACUAGCGGGUGGCGCCGACUUUGGUGUGAAGUACGCCUGCGCGAACUUUACGAGAAAAGUAUUGCCACCACGCUGUGACAUUCCAACAGAAACUUGCCAUAGGUUCCUCGACCUCACUGGGCCGCUACAGGUUGGAGGAUUGCCUAAUAUACCCAGCAGUUUCCAAGUGAAGAAUAAAGAUUUCGUUGGAUGUAUAUCUGAUCUUUACAUUGACCACAAAUUCGUUGAUUUGAACAGCUACGUCGCCGACAACGGAACUCUUGCGGGCUGUCCGGAGAAGCGGUCGCAGUGCAGCAGCGCGCCGUGCUACAACGACGGACAGUGCCUCGACCUGUGGGACACGUUCCUGUGCCGCUGCAACGAGGGCUACACGGGGAAGGACUGCGCUGAAUCGACGUCCCCGCCGUGGCGCUUCAGCGGCGACGGCUCGCUGUCGUUCAACCCGCUGCUGCGGCCCAUCCAGCUGCCGUGGCUCAACGCGCUGUCGGUGCGCACGCGCCAGCUCGACGCCUUCCUCAUGUCCGUGCAGGUCGGCCAGAACAGCUCCGUGCUCGUCUCGCUGAAAUCUGGCCUUUUACACUAUUCAUAUAAUGGUGAAACAAUGUUCUUACCAUCGACCACACUUGCUGAUGGUGCGUGGCAUCGUAUAGAAAUCAAAUGGUUGGGGACGGACAUAUCUGUGAGCAUUGACUACGGCCUCCGAAAUGCUUUACUACCGAUGUUAGCCAAUAAAAUACAAGGACAAUAUAUUGGGAAAAUUUUAAUCGGCGGACCGGACACCACAGCUGGUCUACUUGCGUCGGAUGUGGGAUACUUCGAAGGAUGUAUUCAGGAUGUACGCGUGGGAACAGCGCAGUCUUUAUUGAAUCGACCUACUGUCAGAGAGAAUGUAAGAGACGGUUGCCAAUCAAGAGCUGACUGUAUGCUGUCUAUUUGUCCACCUUAUAGUAAAUGCGUAUCGGCGUGGGAUACCACGGAGUGCAUUUGUGAUAAGGGUCGUAUAGGCCCGCAGUGCGUAGCCAGCUGCGACCUCAACCCGUGUGGCGAGCACGCGCAGUGCGUGCCCGACGACACGGAUAAGGGAUACCAUUGCACCUGCGACGACGGGUAUAUAAUGACAGCGUCGGGCUGCACGGCGGAGUCGCGCCAGGAGUGUCCGGGGGGGUGGUGGGGGUCGCGGCGCGGCGCGUGCGGGCCGUGCGGCUGCGUGGCGAGCGGCCUGCACCCACACUGCGACGCGCGCACCGGGCGCUGCCGGUGCAAGGAGAACCACUACCAGGCGGCGGGGUCGGAGCAGUGCACCCCGUGCCAGUGCUACGCGGCGGGCUCGCUCAACGGCUCGUGCGCGCGCUCGGGGCAGUGCUACUGCCGCAGCGGGGUCAUCGGCCGCGCCUGCGACUCGUGCGCCAACGUCUACGCCGAGGUCACGCCCAGCGCCGGCUGUAAAGUGGUUUACGAUGGUUGUCCGAGAUCCUACGCCGGUGGUGUAUGGUGGCCACAGACCAAGUUUAGUAUUGAAGCAAUUUCGGAUUGUCCAACUGGUUCAAGCGGCAAAGCGACACGUAUGUGCGAUGAAAAGCAAGUUAUCCCCUGGCAUGAACCAGAUAUGUUUAACUGUACAACUUCUACUUUUUACCAAUUAAGAAAACAGCUGCACAAGAUAGAAACAGGCGAAUUGCAAGUGAAUACAUUUGUCGGUGUUCGAUUAGCGGAAGAUCUUGCAACAGCUUGUGAUAAUACGCCAAAGUUGUAUGGAGCUGACGUGCUGGUAGCGGAGGGCAUACUGUUGGAACUUAUACAAUACGAACUGCGUCAAGCGGGUUUGAAUCUUACGCACAGUCAAGAUAAAGAUUAUGUUCGAAACAUUGUAAAAUCCUCUAAUACAAUCUUGAAUAAUGGCUAUGAAAAAGAAUGGCAUCGCAUUAGAGAACUCACUGGGCGAGGCGUAGAACACUUAUUACAGCAGUUCGACAAGUACAUAGCCGUUCUCGCCGAGAGCCAACACGAUACAUACACCAGCCCUUUUGAAAUUGUUACAUCAGAUUUAGCGAUUGGAGUGGAUAUUGUUACAGCUGAAUCCAUUUAUGGAUUUGAACCCACAACGUUAAACCGUUAUGGGGAUUCAUACACAACUGAACGAGUAGUCCUACCAGACACAUCAUCUUUUAUACAUUCACCUAUACAAACACCAGGUUAUUAUGGCAUUAAAGUGAAGAACAAAAAACCAUCGAGUCCCAGCGUAUCCUUCCCAAAGUAUAACAAUUUUGUGAAGAGUAAAAACAAGUUUGAUAAGUUUUCGCGAGUUCUACUGCCUUUGGAUUUAAUUGGAAUUAGUAAUAAUCAAGAUAACCUAGAAACAAAUUACGAGUCUCGCGCUGUUUUCUCCUAUUUGCAAUAUUCUCGUAACACGUCACACUUAAUGCCGUUGCGCAUGGACGAGUCGGUCAGCCGACGUUGGGGAGUUAACAUAACAGUGGGCUCGCCCAUACUACAGGUGGCGUUGUUCGUGCCCGAGUACGUUUGGUACAGGGAGACGAAAGAGAGCGAGGACAAUUCGGAAAAUAACAUUGAAGAUAUUGAUGGGAUAAUGUAUACUAACAAAGGACACACGCAUCAGAAUCACAUAAACAAUCACAUAACAAAUGAUAUACAAACAAAACAUAACACUUGGCCUCAAUCAGAAGACGAGAAUUCCAACCAAGACAAUCACGGACCAGUCGUUAUUCAACCAGCUUACAAAAAACAAGAGAAGCCGUACAUCAACGAUAAUUUCCAAGAAAACGAUUCAUCGUAUGUCGCUGAACGAUUAGAAAGCUCUGAUGGACCAAAAGUAAUGGCUCUGAUUAAGGAAAAUGACACUGCCAAUAAAGAUGCCAAUUUAACCAAGGAAAUCGGAAAAAAGAAGUUGAUAUAUAAAAGCUUGAAUGGAGUAAGGUUAAAGAAACCGAUUAGAUUACAGAUUUGGCUUGAUAUCAAUAGAGAGACAUUCGGUUCACGAACUAAUCCCCAAUGCGUCCAUUGGUCCACAUUACGAGGGUCAGGGGAAUGGUCACGCGUUGGUUGCCACACCGAGAUCGACUACGACUGGUCUCCGUACUCCGACGAACCUCUGCUCAUUAAUUGUACUUGUAACCAUCUUUCCACUUUCGCUGUUCUCGUCGACGAAGUGGAUAUUGAGUUCAUCCCGGAGCCGUCUCUCUUGGAAUCAGUGACAUCAUACACCGGGUUCAGCAUUUCGUUGCCGCUGCUGGUGUGGACGUGGGUGGCGCUAUGUCUGAUGCGUGGUGGUGCCGCCACCGUCUCCAAUUCAAUACACAAGCAUCUCAUAUUCUGCGUAUUCAUGGCUGAGCUGCUGUACUUGAUAGCGCUAAAGGCGAGGAGUUCUUUAGUUCAAAACGAGUUCGCGUGCAAGGUGGUGGCCAUGGGCCUGCACUACUGGUGGGUGUCGGCGCUGGCGUGGGCGGCGUGCGACGCGUGGCAGCUGCGGCGGCUCGUGCGCGAGCUGCGGGACGUCAACCACGGCCCGCUGGCAGCGCAACUGGCAGCCGCGUACGCCGCGCCCGCCGUGGCGCUGGCGCUGGCCGCUGCGCACCACCAGCACCAGUACGGGAACGCACUUUUCUGCUGGGUGAGCUGUCACGAAGCAGUGGUAUGGUGGGUGGUCAUUCCGGCUGCGAUAUACGCGAGCGCCGCCCUCGUUUUCCUGGCGGGCGCUACACGGGCUGCUUUUACCGUGCGAGACCACGUCAUUGGCUUUGGAAAUUUGAGGAUGCUGCUGGCGGUGAGCGUGGUGUGCCUGCCGCUGCUGGUGUGCGCGUGGGCCAGCGCGCUGGUGCUGGGCAGCGAGGCGGGCGCGCGGCGCGACGCGCUGAGCUCGGUGCUGGCGGGCGCCGUGGCGCUGCACGCCGCCGUGGCCGCGCUCGGGUACAUCGCCUUCAACGUGCGCGUGCGGGACAACCUCAAGAGAUCGAUUUUAAGAUGCUUAGGGAAGAAAGUACCACUCGCGGAUACGUCUGUUAUAAUCAGCACGAGUGCCCAAAAUCUCUCGCAAGUUAACAGAUCUGCGCUAGCCUACCACAGCAGCACCGAACCGGGUCGCCAGAUGCGCAACAUUGGAAUAUCAGCUUCGUCUACCACCUCAAGGUCCACAACGAAGACGAGUUCCAGUCCUUAUAGUCGCAGCGACGGUCAACUUCGUCACACAAGCACAUCUACUUCUAACUACAACACGAGCGCAAGUGACAUGCCGGCUUAUUUGAGAGGAUUUGAUUCUUCAUUGACCACGAGAAAAGAUGACGAAAGUCGCCGUCGCCGCAAGACCCGCGGGAACACGGAAGUGGCGACGGAAGGCACCGAGGGCACGGACAGCGAGAGCGAGGCGUCCGCGCGCAGCCUCGACCUCGCCUCCAGCCACUCCUCCGACGACGAGGACACCACCUCGCGCCGCUCCAGCCACCCGCCCUCCGCGCACCGAGAUCGAGGUCCUAAUAACACAGGAGGAAAUUACUUGCCAAAUAUUACAGAGGGAGCUCCUUUAGCUAUUGCGCCGAGAUGGCCUUCUCAUAUUAGAGAUGAAACCAAUCGACCUGAAAUGAGUCGUUGGUCACAAGAAACUGGUUCAGAAGAAGGGAUGAACCCUGGACCGGCCACACCGUCACCCAAUCCUCUGCCGAAUCCCGACUUAACAUCAGACGUGUACCAGCUCAGUAGACAUCGGCUUAAGCCUUCAAUAUUGGAAAAUGUUCAUGACACAUAUGUUGCCAGUGUGGAUGCAUCAAGGUUACCGCUGGAUAACAGAUAUGGAGUAAUGGAUGACGAGUUAAUGUACGGAGUAAUGCCAAACGACACCGAGAAGCAAGUUCCGUACGACCCAAAUUACCCAAUAUCCCCGACAAUGUACAGAUUACCAACAAAUCCCUACGGUUCAAAAACGUAUUUAUCAUCUCGGACGUCGGAUUACGGAUACAGCCCAACUAAAUAUUUAAACACUGACCCCGGUGUGUACGGAUCUCGAGAUUUCCGAGAUUCGACGGUGACCACGAGGGAGCACGAUGGUUACCCUCCACGAGAUUUCCGAGAUUCCGGUAUCGCCACAAUGCUGAAGAACGAUUAUCAGAGGAAGAUGGAAGGUCAUUAUGAAUACAACGACAGAAUGUCGGACGGCUCGGAGAAACAUCACCCACACGACAAAUAUCUCUUUCCGUAUACAGCGGAGGAAGACCAUAUAACUGUGCGCGGUGCGCAGGCGCCUCAACGACUCAACAGUGAUGUACACACAGGCGAAGUUCAACAACAAAUGGGAGCGCCACUAGCCAGUAUGGGAGAGACUAGCGAGAAAUCUACUACUGAAGACGAUGCAGAAACGAGAGUGUAAGACCACAUAGUACAAGAUUUCCAAUGAAUCUCAAUUAGUUAUUUUAAUUUAUUUCACUAUCUAAUUGUAAAAUAUAAUACAUUUAAUAAAACUGUUAGCUGUUACUUCUGCAAAGACUGUCAAAAUAACUCAGUGCUCACUGCCAUAAAGUAGCAUAACGGCUGUUUAUUUUUAAAUAUAUUGUCUAUUGCUUUAAGUAGAAUAAAAUUCGCUAUUAUAUUAAUUGUAGAUUAUUUUUACUUCAUAAUUUUGACAUCCACCUUUGCAUUAAACUGCUCAAAUAGUUAGAAAAUAUAUUGUAAAAAGGGAAUCAUAACCUCAAAGAUCUCAAAAUUAUAAUAUAUAUAUAUUUUGGUCAAAAAAGUAAAUAAAAUAAUUACCUAUGAGAAAAAGUAAAGUGUAAGUAAAAUAAUUCGAUCGUUAGAAUUUGAAAAUUACGAGUUAUAUAAAAUAUCUAUGUAAAGUACGGAAUGUAUUCAAUUAUUAUAAAAUUUAAUUAAGAUUAUAUAUUUUUGCAAAUUAAUAGAUUGCUUUAGAAAACUCUGGCUUCUUAGAACUUUCUAAUAACGUGUCACCCAAAGUCAGUUGUAUAUAGACUAAGUUAUAGAUUUAGAUAUUUAAUGUAGUUAUAUACGAGAUGUGAAAUAUUUUUCUAUAAGAUACCAAAACUUAUUAAUUGUAAUAAAUGUUCAAUAAUUUCGAAAUUUUGAGACACGUGUAGUUAUUAAUAAUAGCUUGACUUGAAAUUAGAUAUAGUUUUAGACUAAAUAUUUGCAAUGUAAAUACUAGGUAUACAGUUCUGUCGAGUGUUGUGUGCAUUUUAAGCGUUUAACGAAGAGUCCACCUAUUUUGUAAAUAAAUAGACUUUUACACUUUGUAGCUAUUAAGUAUGGGGCGAUUUGUAUAGGGAAAUAUAAAAAAAAGCUUUACUUGAUAAUUCCCUAACGUCUUUAUGCCAUAAUAUUCAAAUGAUUUUAUAUUUUGUGUAUCAUGUAUAUUUUAUAAUAACAAAUUGUCUAGAGUCUACUGCAUGUCUACUUAUGAAUUAUUUUCUCACAUUAAAAUUGCAAAAAAUAUUUCAAAUAUUAAACUUAAAAAAAACUCCUUUGGCGUUACAGUAUAUUAUUUGAACAGAAAAAAGUAUAAAAUGAAGGCUAUUUUGGAGAUGAAAGGCAAAAGGAGGACAUUUUAGUUAUUAUUAUGAUAAAAUCUCGUAGACAUGCAAGUUGUUUUGGACUACAAGCUCAGAUGCUUUUUAAUUAUCAAUAAUCAUAUAAUCAACACAUUCAAUUCCUCUAUUAGGAUUGUUUUCGAAGUUGUCAGCUUUGUAGCAAACGUGUUUUAUGUACACUUAGUAUAUGAAAAUGUUUUACGCUUAUUUCAACAACUUUACAUUCCGCUUUGUGAUUUUAGUCUACAUUCUCAUUUACAGAAAUGGUUUAUUGUAGAAGUAGUACAAAUGUAGCA